AUGCCUGUACACAGAGGCCAUGUUGCACCCCAAAACACUUACAUGGACACCAUCAUCCGCAAGUUCAAAGGCCUGAGUCGUAAGUUUCUGAUAGCCAAUGCUCAGAUGGAGAACUGUGCCAUCAUUUACUGCAAUGAUGGCUUCUGUGAGCUCUUCGGCUAUUCCCGAGUGGAGGUGAUGCAGCGAGCGUGCACCUGCGACUUCCUCACAGGCCCCAACAUGAGUAGUACUGUGUCCCACCUGGCACAGGCCCUGCUGGGGGCUGAGGAACACACAGUGGACAUCCUGUACUACCGAAAGGAUGCCUCCAGCUUCAGAUGCUUAGUGAAUAUGUUGCCUGUGAAGAAUCAGGAUGGGGCUGUCAUCACGUUGAUCCUCAGCUUUGAGGACCUGGCCCAGCUAUUGGCCAAGAACAGCAGUCCCAACCUGACCCAGCACCUGCUGUCCGAAAACUUUCUGGGCUCUGGUGAGCAAGUGAGGAGAGGUGAACAGGGGCCUGGCCCAGGCAGGCACAAGUACAGAACUGUCAGCCAGAUCCCACAGUUCACAUUCAACCUCAUGGAGUUCAACCUUGAGAAGCACCGCUCCAGUUCCACCACAGAGAUCGAAUUCAUUGCGCCACACAAGGUGGUACAGUGAACACAGAACGUCACUGAGAAGGUCACCCAGGUCCUGUCUCUGGAUGCACAUGUGCUGCCAGAGUACAAGCUGCAGGCCCCACACAUCCACCGUGGGACCAUCCUGCCCUGCAGCCCCUUCAAGGCUGUGUGGGACUGGCUCAUUCUGCUUCUGGUCAUCCACACAGCUGUCUUCACUCCCUACGCGGCUGCCUUCCUGCUCAGUGACCAGGAUGAGUCACAGCGGGCCUGUGGCUACACCUGCAGUCCGCUCACCAUGGUGGACCUCAUGUUUGUCGUGGACAUUGUCAUCAAUUUCCGUACUAUCUAUGUCAACUCCAGUGAUGAGGUAGUCAGCCACCCCCGCCGCAUUGCUGUCCACUACUUCAAGGGCUGGUUCCUCAUCGACAUGGUGGCUGCUAUCCCCUUUGACCUGCUCAUCUUCUGCACUGGAUCAGAUGAGGGGAGAAGCAGUAGGAAAGAAAUGGGGCUCCCACUGGCCAUGCACGUGCUGCGGGCAGAAGCAAUAAGGAAUAAAUGUACACUGGCGGAGGCCCUGCCGGCCAGGGAGAAGAGCAAGGAAGCUGUGCAGCCUCCCUGUGUGCCAGCAGCAGCACUGCUGGUGUGGGAGAAACAGCAAGGACGCCGCCUUCCUCCUCCCUCUCCCCCAGCCACCUCUGAGCAACCAGACAGACAGAGGCUGAAUCACCCCUUGCUGCCAUCGGUCACCCACGAUGUGGUCGCCAAAGCAAGGACUAAGGGCUGCUGUCGUGCCUCCGGGUGGCGCACUUGCCUGGUGGGCGUGAAGCCCGAAGUUCAACGCCCAGUGCCGCAAAAAGAACGGAGAAGGUUCACCAGCCCCGCGGGCGCAGGGGACCCGGCCGUCUGCAGGUUUCCAUGGGAGCGGGUCACAGGGCACCUGCAGCGUGCCGGGUGCAUAGAGGGCACCGUGCGAGCUCCCCGAGAGGCCGCGGUUCUGUAG